AUGGCAAACCCACCACCCGAUGACUUCGACUCCCUCUUCAACCUCGAAGAAGAAUACUACGCCGAAGGUUAUAAUCUCGGCGUAGCAGAUGGUUCUCGUGCUGGUCGCAUCGAAGGCCGUCUUUUCGGCCUCGAAAAGGGCUUUGAGAAGUUUGCAGCCAUGGGAACUCUGGCUGGUAGAAACGCUGUCUGGGAAGCAAGAAUUUCUGAUCAAGAUUCUGCUACCGCUGAACAAAGCGAGUUCAAGUUGCCCAAAUUGUCUGGAGGUGCCAGAUUGCAGAAGCAUUUGCAGACUCUUUUUGCUCUGACAGAAGCCGAGAGUCUGUCGACUGAGAACAACGAGGAUUCGGUUUCUGAUUUUGAUGAUCGACUCAAGCGUGCUGAGGGCAAGGUCCUCUAG